CUUCGCGUGACUGAAGAGGCCGGCGCUGGUAUAGAGUGCUGCUGGUGCUGGAGUGCUGGGAUUAAAGGCAUAUGUCACUAUAUCCGGAUGAAUUUCUUUAAGUGGUACUGUGAUAUCUUAAGCUAAUAGACAUGGAAGGAUCCACAUCUUGGAGCCCAGGCUGAGAACGCAGCUAUAACCAUCAUACCCACGUGACUCAUUUUUCUCCAUGUACCAGGGUGUCAUGGAAGGUUUGCUGACAAGAUGCAGAACACUGUCUGCCUUGGCUACCUGCAGCCUCCGUCACUCCAGGUGCAUCGUCCGCAAGUGUUACCACUGUGCACCAGGGAGAGGGCAGCGCUUGGUAUUAUCCCGCAUGUUCCAGCCUCAGAACCUUCGGGAAGACCAGGUGCUUUCUCUGGAGGGCAGAGCUAGUGACCUGACCUGUAAGAGUCAGCGGCUGAUGCUGCAAGUGGGCCUGAUCCUUCCAGCGAGCCCUGGCUGUUACCACCUCAUGCCCUAUACAGUUCGUGCCGUGGAGAAGCUUGUGCGGGUGAUAGACCAGGAGAUGCAGGCCAUUGGUGGGCAGAAAAUCAACAUGCCCAGCCUCAGCCCAGCUGAGCUGUGGCGGGCCACCGGCCGCUGGGACCUGAUGGGCAGGGAGCUGCUGAGACUGAAAGACAGGCAUGGCAAAGAGUACUGCUUGGGACCAACUCAUGAGGAAGCAGUUACAGCACUGGUUGCCUCCCAGAAGAAACUGUCCUACAAGCAGCUUCCCUUACUGCUGUACCAAGUUACAAGGAAGUUUCGGGAUGAGCCUCGGCCCCGUUUUGGUCUCCUCCGUGGCCGAGAGUUCUAUAUGAAGGACAUGUACACCUUUGACUCUUCCUCUGAGGCUGCCCAGGAGACCUAUGGCCUGGUGUGUGAUGCUUACUGUAGGCUUUUUGACAGGCUGGGGUUGCGAUGGAUGAAGGCCAGGGCAGAUGUGGGCAGCAUUGGGGGCACAAUGUCCCAUGAAUUCCAACUGCCAGUGGACAUUGGAGAGGACCGGCUUGUGGUCUGUCCCAGCUGCCACUUCUCAGCCAACACAGAGAUAGUAGACUUGUCACAAAAAAUCUGCCCUGACUGCCAGGGUCCCCUGACAGAAACCAAAGGCAUCGAGGUGGGGCACACAUUCUACCUCGGUACCAAGUACUCUUCCAUUUUCAAUGCCCACUUUACCAAUGCCCACGGGGAAUCUUUGCUGGCUGAAAUGGGGUGCUACGGCCUGGGAGUCACUCGGAUCCUGGCUGCUGCUAUCGAAGUUCUCUCUACAGAAGACUGCAUCCGCUGGCCCAGCCUCCUGGCUCCUUACCAAGUCUGCAUCAUACCCCCUAAGAAGGGCAGCAAGGAGGCAGCAGCCACAGAGAUUGUGGAGCGAUUAUAUGAUGACGUCACAGAGGCUGUGCCUCAGCUCCGAGGGGAGGUCCUGCUGGAUGACAGGACCCACCUGACCAUUGGAAACAGACUAAAAGAUGCCAACAAGCUCGGCUACCCCUUUGUGAUCAUUGCAAGCAAGAGGGCCCUGGAGGACCCUGCACACUUUGAGGUUUGGUCCCAGAACACUGGUGAGGUGGUCUUCCUCACCAAAGAGGGAGUCAUGGAACUGCUGACUGGCGUGCAUGUUGUCUAAGUGCCCAACCACACCUGCCCCCAGGCUUGGUGUCCACUGUAACACUGUAGUUCCCUCCACUUCCCUCCUGGGUGGUUUCUCCAGAAAUGGAUGGUGAGAGUAUGUUAGGAAAACCACUCCUUGCUUGUGAUGGUUUGUAGUUAGUCAUUAACUCGGUCCUCCCAGGGCUGGUUGUGCUACCAUAUGCCAUGCCUUUUACAUUUAGACUCUUCUGUUAGGAGGACUGAAAGGUGACAAAGAGACCUGGGUCACUUUCCCUCCAGCUGAGUUUCUGGGUAUAAGACAAGAAUGGUUGAAAGCUGGGGGGAUGCUUCCCCAACCCCAACCCACAGUCUGAGCACACGCCUUGCAUUUCAUUCAUUCCAGAGAGCAGGGCUAGCUGCCCUUCUCCACUGAGAAGCCCCGAGCUGCAGAGUCAAGAACCUGGCUGCUGCUAAUUCACUGGUGACUUGACACCCCCACAUGCCCACUGGGGCCUGGGAUUCCCAUCUGAACAUGGUGAUGGAGUUAGGUCUAUAAGGUCCUAGGGCUCUCACUGAGCAGCUCCACAAGACACAUGGGUCCGGUUGCUCAUGCCUCUAUGCUUCCCCAAAAGUUGUCAUAACUGCCAGAUGGCCCAAAGCUACCUCCAGAUACUUGACCGUACUGGGUCACUUCAGCACUGAGAUCAUGUUCUGCUGAUUGAAUAAAGUCAAGCCUUUGGGGUGAACUUUGUGUGCGUGUUAACUUGAACCAAAGAUAACACCAGUUUCAGCAGUACACUCAGUAGACUGCUCUCCCCGGCUGCCUCACUGGGGAGGGGCAGGGACUGGGAAAUCCUUUAAACAGUGUCUCCCAGACUUCAGGAGCAGCACACUCCAGCCCCACAGUGACCUUGUUGUGGGUUCAGAAUUGAAUUCCCGUCGCUACAAGAGUGACUGGUUGAGAGCUGACUAGAUUCUGUGGGAAACGGAGUCAUGGUCGGAUUCCACAGCAUUGCUCCAGCAUCCAGAUGAGGAAGAUCCCUCGUCCAUGGAACAGUGAGUCUUGCCACCUUGGUUGACACUCUAGACGGGCUCUGAGACACCUCCAGAGGUGAGCCUCGUAAAUCUAGUCGACCCUAAAUUCAAACAACUUGCCAAUGAAGGUAAAUCCUCAUAAAAAGGUCUCUGGGCUCCAAAGCUGGUCCUGGGAGCCUUCAGGGCUUGGCAGGUGUAUGCACUGGGAACCUGACAGUGUGUGUGUAAGGGUAGAGUUACUGUAGAAUCACAGCAGCUGGACAGACUUAGAGGAGAAAGCGGGCCAACCACCUGCGUUCCCCUUCAUGCUUCUGCCAGACGUCAAGUGAACAGCCACCUCCAGCCACACGCUCCUGCAACCAAGCGCAAGUCAGGGUGACUGAACUGAAACCCAAAUACUGCCUCUUUGGGUCAUUUCUUUGGGGUAUUUUGGUCUCAGUGACAUGAGAUGUGAUCUGCCUUUGCAAUACAUGGAGUUCUGAGAGCAAGCUCGGGUCAGGCUGCAUGACAGAGGCUCUUAGUUUACUGCAGUUGGGAUCCCUGAGUCCCUUACAGAGUUGGUUCCAGUGGGGCUGUUGCCUUGAACCACACAAAUUAAAGCCUCCAGAAGAUUCUGGCUGCAGUCAGAACCAAGA